AGAGGACUCCUCCUACUCCGCCUCAGCACUCCGCCUCUGCACACACUAGUGCAAUAGCAACAGCAGCAACAGAAGCAGCAUGCCUGGCUGGAGCCGAAACAAGCCUGCCGCAGGAGCAGCUCGCAGCCUACCCUCGGUUCAUUAACCUGUCGUCUGUUUGGUACGGGAAGAAAAAGACAGACGGACAUCUGCAUGUGUGGGAUUAACAGGAGUCUGUACAAUACAGCUGUGUUGUUUAUUUUUGAAAAACUAUUUUCCCUUUUUUUUUUGGAGAGAUUUUGUGUUGCCAGGGAAGAGAAAGUCCGAGCAGGUAAGCAUGCUGUAGGUACGAGAUAACCUUGGCUAUUCCUGUCUGCUGUGACAUUCCCUUGUACCCUAUACUCACCUCAUCUUACUAGUAUAUAUCUGUAACCUACGCUGAGAUAAGUUAGGGUUCACAAAAAGCUGUUUUUAAUGCAGGUUGUAAAAAAAACAAAAACACAAAAAGCCAUUGUUGCCAAUUUCCUCUGUGUGCGUGUAGAUUUCGCAGUUUGAUGCCUGAUGUUGAGCGCACAAGUGUUAACCGAAUUACCAUAUUUCCAACCUCAAAACAGAAGAGGAUUAACCCGAAACACGUGGACUUUACAGAGUAUGCUGAUUGUGUAUGAAAACAGGUGCCUCUAACAUAUUCAUAUUAACAGAUUGGAUGUUAAGUUUGAGAAAGUUUGCAUUUUUUUGGCGGAAAUCCUUCCAGGAUACCGAAAAACAGGUCCCCCUCCUCCCUUAUAAUGAAUGAGCGAAGAGAGGGAGGCUGUUCAUGAGGAGUUUGGACUGUAGUGGGUCACUAAACCCUGAUGUGACCUGGUUAUGAGCUUAUCAGAACACACUGACCAUUAUUAUUUUGUCAUAACUAACUGGUUUGUUGCUUUCUUGUUGCAUUAUUUUGGUGACUGAGCAUUUAUUUUGGUAGAGUUAAGCAAAAAAAAAACAUUCUGUAUGCAAUUAAAAUGAAGUAUCCUCUUUAGUUUGGAUUAAUGGUGAACAUAAACCACCUACAGGCCUACUUCACUGCUCGUGCUCAUGUGUGUUUGUGUGCUCAGAGGGUCAGCGUGAUUCCUGUGAGCCCAGUUUUACCAGCUGUUUUGAGUUGAUAAGCCCUCCAACCUUUAGCUUAAUUACUUCUCCUUACCACCAUAUCUGUGGGCUGUUUAGACUGCUGACAUUGUAGCCAAACUGCAUUGUGCCAGGCUGAGAGGCGUAUUAGUUGUGUAUUUUAAUUGGAAACCCAAAUACAGUUUGGAGCUUUUAUACUUGAGGAUAUAUGUUUAAGUUUGAAGUGACUUAUUGGAAUAAAAUGUGCCUUUUGAGACAUCUAGUGGCCAGGCAUUUGUUUGUGGUGUGAAGUGUAAGAAGGACAGAGGUCAGAGAGACAUGUGGCUUUUGACUUCUGGGUAAUCUCUUUAUUACUAUUACCAAAACUGUAAUUCACACCUGCCCUCAAGUUAUUUUGCCUCGUGCCAUUUCGCCCCGAAAGUCCCUGACCUGUGACACGCUCAUUUUUCAUAGUCUUGUGUUUUAUUUUGAAGAAAGGUGCGUGAGUUUCACCAUAAGGCUGAACUUCUUCUUACAAGUGAGAAAUAUUGGACCUUGAGCUUGAGAAGGUGUGGGGAAUGUAGACAGUGGGGUCUAUCUUCUCAAACAAGAGCAAGAGGAGUGAAAAGCAAGUUUCACUCGAAAGUACAGAUAUUGGUUGAAACUUAAGAUAAACUUCCUGUGUGGCCUUUUAUUUCAGCUUUUAUGACUCCCUGGUGUGAAAGCAGAAAAACAAAAGUUUCAUCUUAACACGCCACACCAGUGUUGGGUCUGCCUAUGUAUUGUUAUUGCUCAACUGAUCUGAAACACCCCCGAGACAUGUUCUCGGCUGCCAGUCAGUCCUUUUUCUUAAACAGCAGGCCGGUAAGUCUCAUGACAUGCGUGUCUCUGAUCAGUCAUCACUUCAUAUGACUCAUGCACAAUGGCAUAAGUUGUGAAGCAAGACUCGGUUUCCUCUGUUGUCGCAGGAACGGUUAAACAAACAGUGAGCUAGCGGGUGCUUUCCUGCCUAAACUGAGUCAGACAGAACAAAGAAAAAUGUAAACAUGCAUUAUCUUUACCAACAGGAAAUCUCUUCAUGCUUAAAGGAUUAGUAGAUGGCAAGGGUGUUAUACUGGGGCUGUGAAUUAGCAGAAGGUUCAGCAGGUCCUUUGCGCUAUCGUAAGUUCUGGUUGUUUUUCUAACAACACAUAAAUGAAGGGUUUUUAGUCAAACUGAAACCGCCAUGGCUAAAACAAUGUCUAAUUUAACUGCAAUAUUUAGUCUACUCUAACCCCGUUUUUAUUGUCCAAAGGGAGUGAUCCUUUAUCCUUUCUGUCCUUGCUGUUUUUCCUCUUUUUUUCGCAGAUAAUGAGAGUAGAUGGUGGGUUAAUAUUGCUCUGAGUCAUCGCAGCACCUUGUUGAAAGGCUAUUAAAGCUGUGUAAAGACCAUAAAGAGGGACACCCAGAUGCAAGAAAACAAGUGAUCUCUGUGAAAUGGUGUUGAUCUUCUCACUGUCAGUGCAGUUAAACAGGACACACAAGGGGAGAUGGAGGUGGUGGUGGUGUGUGUGGGUCAGUUUGUUUGUGAGAGAAGGAGGACACAUGUGGAGUGGGAGGUUUGUGUGUGUGUUGUGUGUAGAGGGGGGGGAAGGGAGGUUGUCGUGGGUGUGAGAUUCACCCUUGCGAGACUUGCGCCUUUAGACAUUCCUGGCAUUCCGACCUCUGGGAUGCUUGAGGCUCCUCCGUCUUCUUCUAGCAUGUCGGGGGCUGCAAGAGGGCCCUAGAGGGCUUUUAUGUCACAAGGCUCACACCGGCAAGGCCUUUGGUUGAACAGAAACCACAUACCCUCUAAUUUAGGAGGCCAUGGGAACAAGUAGCAGAGCAGACGGCAGGUCCUCUUCAGUUACAGAUGACACUUAAAUCUUUACUGGGUCUCCUAUUAGUUUAGAGACACUUGUCAGCCUUGACGCCUUACCCUGUCAGGUAGAUUGACUUUUUCCCUUGCUCUGAAUUACAUAUUGUUUAACCCGAGUCACUGAUCAAUACCUUUACUGACUUUCUUUUAUUUACUUUACUCUCAAUGAGUUGCUCUCUGCAAAUUGGACAUCUUGUUGCCCGAAGACCAAGAAAGUUGCAUUGCAAACUGUGUGGUAGUUGUUACUAUUCAACCAAUACAUGUAAAAUGUGAACUUACUUGUCUAACAAUGCACCUGUUUCCUCUCUCUCCCUUUUGAUCAUCAUCUUGUGCUGCAACAACCUCGCUUGGCCAGCCAUGACAGUUCGCCCCUUGUCUGCCAGAUCAGCCAACAGCCACUUCUGACCAAACCCUGAUUUAGAAAUCCAAAGAUGUCAGCGUGCAGUGACUUUGCAGAACACGUGUGGAAACCCGGCUCUUGUAAGAACUGCUUCCACCCGCUCAGCGCGCACCACAAAGCUGUCGGCAGCUUGGGUGGCAGUGCGCCAGCCGCUUGUUUGAAGGGCAGCCUGGGAGGUGAUGAAGACACUGGAGUGACAGCGCCUUCACCCUACAGCAAACCAACCAUCGCCGUCAAGCCAACUAUGAUGAGCAUUGACACCAACGAAUCCGUGACUGAUGUCAACAUGAACAUUGAGCAGGUGGUUCUCUUAACUGUGCCCUUUCUCUCACAGAACUUGGAUUUUAUUUCUAUCCGUGGAGUUGUAUCUGUUGUACUGACUUGUGCUGAUUUUUCAUGUCUUACAGGAGAACACAAAGAGUCCAGUUGAGCGACUGGGCUUGAAAAAACUCUUGGACCUUUCGUCUCUUUACAUCGACAGCAACGGCUGCAACAAGGCCCACAGGGAUGCCGUACUGAAGAGUCCUGAAACAAAGAAGGACUGCAACAACUGCUUUUCUCUGGCUUCCUUAUCGCCCAGCAUCCUGCCUAAAGACUCCAUGAUCAUCAGCAACAUCUUCGUCACACAGGAGGAGGGUAGAAGUUCUCAGAACGUGAAGAAGAAUGCCAACGGAGACAACUGUAGACCGCAGAAUACAAACACAACCAGAAACAAGAGCACUUUCAAUGGGAUUGGUGUUUCAACCAAAGCAAACUGUAAUGAGGCAUCUAUGGAAAUACCUUUACCUGUAAAUAUUGUCCCUUCCAAUUCUGCCACAGUUCAUAUCAAUGGUAACAGCAGUGGGAGCACUGUUACAACUAAGACACCCAGCACUUCCCCCACCAAAAUCCUGAGUAUGGAUACCACAGGCAACAAUCCUUCACCGUCCCUCCGCUCUCCUCCUCCCGUCCUGUCUGAACAGACAAGCCUGUCAGACUCAACUUGUUCUUAUCGUAGCAGUACAGAUUCACUUCCCGGAGUAGAGGGACUGGGAGGUAAACAAGCCCAGAUAGGGAGCCCCAAAAGUCAAUCAGUCACAGGUAGCUUUGAGUCAGCUCCGAGCUCUCCUGAGGGUAAGCUGAUGUCUGAACCCAUUUAUGCAGAAAGCACCAAGAAAAAGCGCCGGCCGCAGGAAAUUGGGGUGCAGUCAAAUGGGGUACAGUCUAACCCGGAGUCUCCCAACCAGACUAAGAACCCAUCCAACUCCCCUGAGCUUUCAGGAGAAACUCAGCGGACCACUAUCACAGUGUUGGCAACUCAUACAGAGGAGAACAACAGGACUUUUUUCCUAAGCAGUCCAGAUUCAGCUAUCGGCACCCAAUGUAACUUCAGCCCCACAGCACGUAAAGACCCCAGCAGCCCUGCUUUCAGGUGGCCAAGUCCAAGCCACAGCACCUCAUCUUUAACUAUGGAGACUAAUCACACCCCAACUACACACGCCAAGCCUCAGUCCAGCCCUCCUAUUCCCCCAAAGAGGACAAACCGUUCCCCCAAACUUGGCACUUCUAGCCUUUCACCAUCCAUGUCUUCUCCAGUCCCUCUUCCUGAACUCCCCAGACUUGGAACCUCCAGCCUCUCUACAUCCAUCUCUUCCCCCAUUCCCCUCCCUGAACUCCCCAUGCUUUUCCUCAUCUCUGCAAGAGAAGGCCACUUCAAAGUUCACACCGAGAGCCACAGCGCAGCAGCAGCAGCAGCGCCCGAACGCUGGCACAAGCCCCUCCAUCACAAUUCUGGCUGGAACUGUCGCAUUGAAGAGGAAGAGGAGGAGGAGGAGAAAGAGCGGAAAGAGGGGGACAAGAAGAAGCUGGCUACCAACCCGGGCCAGACAACCUCUCGGGUGACAGGCCUGGUCAAUGGUGCCGCUGUCUGGAAAGAGGCCAAAGACUGUAAGGCCCAGAGCAGCCGCCCUCCGAUGACAGAGCCAGGCACGGCCCCCCCGGCUGUCCCCAACAAUGGUGCCUGUCAGGGGGAGACUGAGGGCACCGGUGCUGAGGAGGAGGGCAAGCAUAACGGGAGCAUGCCGGCCAGGCAACCGGUGCAUGGCGGCUCAUCAGAGCCGCUGGCAGCAGGGAAGGGAGCUGCCAACAAUGAACCCAACCCACCACCUCCCCCACCGAAGAAGCUGCACAGGUAAGACUUACAAAGACCUUUUUGUUAAGCUUCUACAAGUUCCAUUAUUAAUCAUCUCAACUGUAUGGAAUGUAUCUGGAUGGUACACUGAAAUUGAUGUACGUCGAAGGUUACUGAUACAACUGAUACAACAAGUUUUCAAAGUUAUGCCAAUUAUAGCUGAAAGUUGCUAAACCAAUUUGAUCAGUGUAUGAAUAUCAAGGUAUUCAGUUUACGGGAAAGCCUAGAUAACAAGAAUUUUCUUAAGAAAACGAGGCAGCUGAUCAUUUUAAAGGGACAGUUAUUUGUUACACAUUCAUGAAUAUGUUCAAUGCCUUUGUAAAACAUGUUUUUAAGUAAUCAAACAACUUUUUUAUGUGAACUCUGCCCAAAAAAAACUACCCCUAGACAUUAUAAAAUUCUUAAAAAUACUCAAAGGAGCUUAAAAACAGCAAUGCAUUCAUUAUUCGUUGCUGCACACAGUGCGUGCAUGAGCUCCAGUCUCCUUCCUGCAACUUGCUUUGUAAUCUAGACAUGGCACAGGAGCUUCAUUAUAUUCCAUAAUUUAGCAGUUGCAUAAUAGGUACUUGGUUUAGAUGCAGGAUUGUGUUCUGCUCUCCGAAGAGGAAACUAUAUUUAGCAUCAGGGUACAGUAUGGAAUAUAAGCUGCAGUUUACUGCUUAUUGCGCAUUUAGGCACACACACGCAUCUUAGUGCAGUCAUCUGUGCGAAUCUCACUGUGCCUUCUCCUUUCAUAGCAUCAUUAUUCUUCCUUGAAUCAGCCUCCAUUCUUGUGCCGAGUGAUCAUUCAAACUGCAUAGUCGUCAAUGCACGCCUUGUUCUAUUCACGCUAGUAAUGUGACUUUUUCAGUUCUAAUUAACACACAAAAUGGGUCUGUUAAAUGGUCCCCUGCUGUGUCACAUUGCUGUAAAUUUGUUUUGGCUGCAGGACAAAAGAUGGAACUGUAAAAAGAAACAAAAAAAAGAGCCUUGUUCCAUUGAUAUUGUCACGCAGGGACAAAACUGUCAUUACAAGGCAUUCAGACGCAUCUUUAUUGGCACAAUUUUGCUUUAAAUCCUUGAUGUUCCUGCUGGAUUUUAUAUCCUGGUUAGGUAGAAGCGAACGCUCAGAGGAGUAAGUACUGAAACAUUUAUACCUUUGUUUAAGUCAUGCUGUGUUGUAACCCACACAGGGCUGCGCAGUUAUUUUAUAGCUAUAACAUUCGCUUACGUGCUUUAAACUGAGUCUGCAUGAGGCUAAGAAUACACUCUGCUGUCUGUCUGAGUCAGCUACAGAAAGCAGAAACACUGAAGUGGUCUUGUUGCAGUUAUUAAACAUCAAAUGAUGUCUUGAAAAUAACCUCGGCUUUGUCUGAGGCGGCACUAUGAGGUGUAACACGCAGCCGGUACUUCCUCCAUACAAACAGAUGUUCCCACAUCCUAAGCUGCUGGAGUCAGCAAAAGCUGAGUGGGAGUGUUUAACUGUGAAAAACACAGUUUGCUGAUCACAUUUCAAGGACCCUUAUGUCUGUGGUAAUUCUAGUAAGGACCCAUCUCUCCUGUUAUGACAUUGCCGACAUUCUGCUCUGAUAAAAAUACACCUUGUUGAGACUCAUGUGGGAACACGCCUUGAGCCAGUCAGCGACAGUUGUGGCUUUCUGGUGUUCCAAGUUUAUCUUUGGGUUUAAUUUGUUUUAUCAACGAGUGUCCCCGGCCUUCAGGCAUGAACUUUACACUCAAUGACAAGUGCCUCUGGGAAUAAGAAGCUAAAGACUAUUUGUUAAAUAUUUGAAACGUAUUCCUGAGAAAAAGAGAGGGGUCUUGAGCAUUGGAUGAAUUAAAAAUAUCCGUAAUAGAAACGCACACGUGCACAUGCACUCCGUGAGGCAGCAUUUUCAUGUGCUGAAUCAUUUAAAAGCCACAGAUGGUUUUGAAAAUCUGCCGCUGUGCCUCUCAGAGCUUUUGAAAAAAGUGGAAACACGUAAUUCUCCGUCUUUCCGUCCUCCUAACAGGUCAACCUCAGUGUUGUGGGGUUGGUCGGCCUUCGAGGUGUGCGCCUGUGCAUGUGCUUACACAAUGCAAGAGUUUGGGAGUAGGUACACGUUAACUUGGAGGGGGGUGUGUCAACUGGUCAGGGAAGGUUGCCAGAGGGGAGGGGCUCUGGUGAACAGAUUGUUGCCCCUGGCAACUCCUGAAGUGUCCCAGUCUGGCAGUCAGUUGCCACCAAUAGAAGUAGAAUUUAUAGAUCCGUCAUGUGGAUUGGAGUCCACUGAGUUUGAGUUGGGUGUGAAUUGUUUUUUGCUUGCUAAUCUAUCGUUCCGAGACAUGCUGCCCCUCCCGUCCCGCAGCCAUUCUGAUCCCUUCUGUGCUGCAGUUCAGAUAGCAUCUUGUUGCUGCCUGACAGACCUAGACCUGCUCUAAAAUACAACUCAUAGGUCAUGGAGUGAAUUCUAAAUAGGAGAUAUGGGUGCUUUAAUUCUGUUCAUCUAGUGGUUGUCCCUGCUUUUCUGUGGAGACACACUUUAAAUACACAUAUGACUCGUGCGGAGCCAGGGUUCUGUUACUACACAUGGAGGGGCUUUAGGGAGCCACGAGUCUGAUCCAGAGGCAUUUUGAGUCGGUCAGCCUGACAAGGACCUCUCCGGUAUGAGGUAGGCACCUGAUGGAGUCUUUGUCUUCUGUUUGUUCUUAGUAAGAGACAAGAAAUGAUCACACAGCUAUCAUUAGACCUGUCAAGGAAGUGGUGAUGCUCUUGGUUUUUCUAACAGGAAGGUCUCAGAGUUCUAGUUUCUGUAAGAUCAUAAUUAACCACAGCACAUAGCUAAAGAAGACCUUCACUUGUUAUUAAGAACUGUCUAAGCUCUAUGAUUGAAAAUUAGAAAUCCACUCUGAAGAGCAACAGAUGGCAUUUGGGAAACUUUUUGCCCUUUCUCUUCUAAUCCUUCUCUACCUCAAUUAUCUCUUUCUUUUAUUUUAAGCUCAUCCUGCCUGUGAGAUUAAAUUAGUUUUAAGAUUAAGAGGAUUAGAAGUGAAAUUGGUUACGAACAAUGUGAGCUACUACCGCUCAGUGUGAUGUGGUGCAAAUAAAUGAAAGUGGGUUGUAAUGAUUAAGAGUUGGAGAUAUCUGGGGGUGAAGAUGAAAAGACAAGGCUGCAGUAUGAGAGAAAUAAGGAUUGGUGUCAAACAUUAAUGCAGCUCUGUUACAAAGGCAGGGAGCAUAAGGCCAUAUAACCAUGGUUACUAUCCGUAAAUCACAGGACAGAAACAAUGAAUGCCAUUCUUCUCCGGGGUGUAUCGUUAUGUGCAAAGGUUAUAUUUAAAAAAAGCACGAUAAACAGAACAAGCAAUGCAAUAAAAACAACCUUAGUGAACUACUUUAUCAUUCUGAUAACAUAAAUGUACGAUUAAGAAAGCCCUGUAAGAGUCAGAAAGUGAAACCAGUCUUGCAGCAAACUUGAUCCACCACAACAACAACAACACUGCAGUUUGUUUUGGGUCUUAUUUUUACGCUGCCACGCUGCUAUCUGUAGCUACUUAGUCGCAGCCUCGGUGUGAUCCCUUUUUAAAAGCUCCACCAGCUCCUCUCAAACAGCUUUAUUAAUACCGUUCAUGUCAGAGGAGAGUGCAUGUCAACAGAUCCACUGUGUUUCUCACUGUGGCGACAUUGUUUACAUCCUAAAUCUGGGUCGCUGUUGUUGUCAGGGUUGAUUGCAGAACACAAACACUGUCCAACAAGUUUAUUGGGUCGAUCUCACGUCGACCUUGUAUUUGUGAGGGAGUAGAUUUGAUCUCUUUUGAGGUAAUUAGCAAUUGAGAUGUUUAUUUUGGUUGGUAAAAAAAAUACAGUAUGUAUGAGUCAAUGUUGUUUUCGUCAAAUAUUUUCGUCAACGUCAGCGUCAAAAAAGGGAAAUAUUUUCGUCAACGAGAACAACACUGGUUGUUUUUCGUUGACGAAAAUAUUUCCCUUUUCUUCCACAACAAAGACAUAACGUUGACGAGCUAAACAGAAGUCAGAGAUGACUAAAAUGUGAUGAGACGAAAGUGCGUUUACAUUGAUGGGACGAGACGAAAAUGACAAACAGAGUUGCCAAAUUCAGUCAGUUAAACGCUAAACAUAUAGGAGCAGCUUCAGUCCGCUCUGACAGCUCUCAUCAGCCUGCUGUGCUCCUCCAACACGCAGACACACACACACAUGCAGGCGCACGCACAUACGUGCAGUUUUGUUUUCGUUGACGCAUGGUUGACGAAAACAACACUGGUAUGAGUGAAACAAGUCCAUCAAAAAUAACGAGUUUACUCCUGUCUACUGAGGUACUUUCAUGUUUCCUCUGUAUAACCCUGUGCUUGAGCUGGGCCACCAUGAUUUUAAAAAUCUGGACACACCCCUGCCCUCAGCGGCUGUUUCAAGCAUUAAGAAAAAUGAUUCUCUUCUCAAUAUGACUUUUCCAGCUCACACAAAAGUCAUAAUUUCGAUUUUAGCUUGUUUUAAACCAGCAAAAACUACCUUCAGGCUCUUUCAACUGCCAAAAAACUGCACCAGUUUACUGUGAUAACAAUCGGCUGAUGAAUGAUGAUGAGGAUACCGGUUAAUUGCAGUCUUAAAUGCUCAGGGAACUCUUUCACGCCAUCCUAAUCAAAAAUCAAGGUUUCUUUAUUUAGUUCCAAGGCUCAUCCAUCCAUACACAUCCUCCUGCAGGACAUGAGCAAUAACAUUCCUUCACCAAGGAAGGAAAAUCUCAUGUUUUGGAUACAAAUCUGAGAGAUCUGGAGUGAGACGUGCAAAGAAGCACACAUGCACACAUACAGUUAUAAUCCCUGCAGCAGCCAUUACACUUUCUCCCCUGCCUCAGCAUUUCCACUGCCUUUCAUCACUGCUCUUUGGUCUGUAAAAUGAUCCUUUAGCUAAGUGCCCAAAGAGAAUACCUAACCCUUUGUCCCCCUCCUCCUGUGCUCUUCUCCUUUUCCCUCCUCAUCUGUUUGUUGUGCUGAUUUAUGGUGGAAUAGGAGGCACAGGCCGGCAGAUGAAUGGAGAGAGGAGUCAUUUUGUGAUGGAAGGGAGGAAAGGAAGAUGAAGGGAUGGGGUUGGACCCCGUUCCCUGAGCCAUUAGCGGGUAUAAUGAGACAAGUGAAAGGCUGUCACUCAAACUAAUUGGUCACCUUGAUUAGGGAGUCCGCUCACGCAAGUUUUGACUCGAGACUGAUCGAGAUGGAAGGUUAAAGCCGCCUCGUGAAUAAAACAAAGAGACUCACAUCUUCCUUUCAUAGACUUCAAGUCAAAUUCAAACGCAAUAUAACUCACAACUACAAGAAUUUCAAAUCUCUGCGACUCCUUUUAAUGAUCGGAACACUUUUAGUUGUAGUGCUUGUUAGGACAAGAAACCAAUGUUAUCAGUUCAUUUGUAUUUAUGGUGAAGGACCAUUUUUAAACGUGAAACCCGAGAUAAGACAGGUUUUGUAGUGUCAAACUUCAAACAAACCACAGUUUGCUGCUAAGUUUGUCCAAAAGCUAUUGCAGAAAUUUCUUUGUUCAACAUUUGAUUCUAUGGCGUACAGCCAAGUGGGGGAAAUUUAGCUCACUCAAUGCACAAGACCAUGACCGCCCACAAACACAUGCUACAAAAGAACAGCAAACACUAGAAUAGUUUGUCAAUAAUGUGGCGCUGCAUUUUGCUUAUAUUACCCUUAUAUACAGCGUUAAAGCCUGGGUUUAACCCACGCUUUGAACCAUCAUCUCUCACAUGAGGUCAAAAUUUCAAUCAUUAGAUCGCCAAAGUAAAAUGACACGUUAAAGGAGAUCUGUUUGUUUAUGUGCUACCCCUUCUACUACCAUUUCUACUACAUUUCUGCUUGAUGAAAUCAGUACCACUUGUACUAUCCUUUAUAUUCCAAGAUGUCUUCUUCACUGUCAAUCCAAUCCUGCUUUUGUCUGGUUUACUUCAUUGGUAUGAGACCCCAAAACAGGCUAAUUUUCUCAUGAUGUACUCGUCAUUAACAGAUGUAAAGUUUGCAAAUAUAACAUCAUGAUGCAGAUUUGAACAAAGAGGAAAAUCCAAACUUUGUAGCUCCUCAAGAAAUUGGAAGCAGUACUUAUAACUCAUCAUCAAAUUUUCACUGACAGGACCUGAAACAUCCUGACUGUGGGUUGCACUCAUCAUGUUUUUGUUCUACAUUGGGACUGGUCACCUUGCAAAGCCUGCUGAUGCAUGAUUGGUCCAUACUAGUCAGACUGUCGAUGUGCAACAAACAGAAACCAGAGCACUUCCCAUGCUGUACAUUGUGACCCUUCAACAGUUUUAUGUAAAAUCUGUGAUUUAGCUCCAUGCACGCCUCAGUUGAGAACACAAAUGACAAACAGCUAGACUUUGCACAGCUUCCUCUUGAGCAACAAAAAUAUACAUUUUAUUUUCACAAAUUUUGGAGUACUCCUUGUGUUGUUAGUCACCCAUCUUUCACAGAAAAGCACGUUUGUUGCGUUUUUAAGUCAGCACUAAAUCAAGAAGUGUUCCUCUCUAGUAUGGAAGUGAAACUACUCUUGACAGUAAUUGCCCCCUUAUUUAAAAACAUACGCUCUUUCACAUGAACUAUUUGGUAACAGUAUGACCGAUAAAAUGACGUCAAGAGGAAGUGAAGAAGUUCCACAUCUGCAAACAGAUAGCUAAAAAAAAAAACAGGUUCACUUCCAGGUGCUUUGCUGAUCUUUUCCAAACUUUAGACAACGCAGUAAAGGUGAAACAAAACAUGGCUUGAAUGUAUGUUUUUUGUUCUAUUGUACUAAUUUUCCCUCGUCUCUGUUACAGAGUGUGUGGCAUGAUGAGUGGCAGCAACAUGGAGCUAGACCGCUGCAGCCAACAAGGGUCAGCAGAGAGUCCUGCUUCAUCUCUGCGGGGGUUGGGCAGUGCCAGUUUACCCACCGCCUCCACUGACAACCUGAUCGCAGACUCUGGUACGUACUGCUUACUUUCAUUAAGGCUGGGUAAUGAGGAUUUAUUUGAUUAUCUUAAAAGGUGCGGGCUCCUUUACUCCAAGUAAAACACGGGAUCAGAUAAAGUUAAGUAUUUGAAAUAAAUAGAGUUUGCUUCUUUUCUAUAGAUUUCAUAGAUGUGUGAAUGGCUAUAAUCGGAGUGUAUUGGCCUGCGAGUUAUCUGUCUCUUUCUCGUGGCUGUUUUAUCACUUUGGAUUAUAAAGACGUCUGUUGUCUGUGGUGAAACUGCAGCAGCUGUGAAAAGAGGAAAGGGAGCAAAGUAAGCUUUAAUAACAACCGGCUGUCAUCUUAUCUCUUCCGCUUUUUUUUUUUUUUUCGAUUUUGUUUCAGCGUUCAUUUAAUGACUGAGCUCAUGGUUUCUACAACCGUCCAAACUCAGGAUAUAUUAAGGAAUGAGUGACAUGACAUGCAUUCUCGGUUUUAAAAUCAUUGUCACUCUCCGCCUAUCAGCUAUAAACCUCCACGGCGCUCAGACGCUUGUUAUCGCUGCAACUUCCUGGCAAAUGUUGUUUGAAGAGAUAAUUAUGGGCUCUGAUAACGAGGGCUUGGCUACAUCCUACAGAGUGUGUGUGUUUUUUUUUUUUUUACUUAGUCUUCUCCGUCUGUGAAAGCAGUUAUUGAAGUCCGCACCGUACAAUUAUCUCAGUAUCUGUCUCCUCUGUUGCGAUGUCAAGUUUCAACUCUAAGUCUUUAAUUGACAAAUGGAUAAUAAUUGGAUGGAAGAUGUUUUGAGUGUCAGCUUGACUCCUGGAUUGUGGAAAUGUUCGGCUCUUCAGAGGAUAAGAGGUAUGAGUUUGUAGUGUGGCACUUAAGUUGUAGGCAGGAACAGAAGGGCUGUAGUGAAUAAAUUAAAUUCACAGAUGUCUUACAUUAUUUAAUCAGCCAGUCAGUACUUUGAGGUUGAAGGGAAUAAGCCAACAGAGACACUGAAAUACAAGAAACACUGAAUUGAGUAUCAAAGUCUUCAGAUUGUUUUUAUCUAACUUGUGUCGUAUGUCUGUGUUUUAUUUUAAAAUCCACAUUGAUCAGUUUAUUAAAGCUCCUUGGGGGAACAUUUAGUUUGUGAUGGUUCUGUGGUGAAAGUGAUAUCUCUUUAUCGCUCAUCCUGUUCAUGCGAACCAAGUGUUUUCAGACAAAAACCUCAUCCUGUUGAAAUUGAUCGCUCACUUUGACUACCUGUUGUGUAAUAAGUCUUAAAAGGCUGGUUUUUAAGCUUACUGUCAAUCAGGUGGCCUGACACCUACCUCCACACGAUUUUAAAGCAUUAAAACUUCACUGAUUCACAACGCUGACAUGAACGUUUCUGCCAGUGUCGACGGCCAGAGGUGAAAAUGUGCGAGACUUCUGUGUGGAUUGUUUUGAUACGAUGUGUGUGAUCAGGAUGGUCCUAACCUUGCUUUUGCUGUUGGGGAGGAAUCCCUGUUAUUUGGGGGUUUGACCAAUCAGAAUCAAGAAUUUAACAAAGCCAUGUUAUAGGUAAUGGCAUUUUUUCUUGAGUUAUGCUGUUAGAGUUACCUCAGAAGUCAGAUGUCGGAGCUGAAAAUGCCUCAGAUUUUUCCAACAUGGUAAAUGAAACACUGAGAACUUGGGUCUGACGUCAUUUUCAGCUCGGACUUCUGACUUCCGAGGUAACUCUAACGCAGCAUUGGUUAUGCUGAUUGUUGCUACAGUUGAGACUUUAAUUAUCUAGAUCCAACAUUACGCUGACGACUUUAUCUUUUAUCUUGUAGGAUCUCGAGAUGCUUCGCGGAUGUCAUGCUCCUCUCCAUUUACCAGGAGUCCAGCUGCCUCAGCUCCUGCAUCUCCUCACCCGCCCUCAACCAACAACUUAAGUAACCAGCCGCCUCCACUCCCAGAGAAGAAACUGGUCAAUCGCACCGUGUCGGCUCCUGAUAGCACUAAUGGAAAACCCUUCAUCCGAGCCUACCCACGUCUCCCAUUCACAGGCUCAGAGACCAACGUUUGUCGACCUGCUGAUGUGGCCUCCCGGUCCAGUUUACCGUCCAGCCCUGUUGAUCCUCGACCCAUUUUCUCUUCCAAUGAGUCCCUGGAGAGGUGCCAUGCCGUGACGGGCCGAUCCUCAAGGUCCCGUACUCUGGACGAGCCUCUGAAGACUCAUGGGCGCCUGGGUGUCCACUGCAGAAGCAGCAUCACCUGCUCCUCUUCCCCUCAACUCAGUGUCCCCUUCUCAUCUUCAGAACCAGGUCUGGCACCAAAUUUGGGCUCAAGCCUGCAGCUCCAGACUCUUCUAAGUAAUAUAGACAGCAGGGAGGGAGUGUACUCCAAACUGGGAGGCCUGUACGCCGAGUCCCUGAGGCGCUUGGCUCUGAAAUGUGAGGAUCACUUUACUCGCUCCCAGAAGAACACACUGAGGUUUGAGGAUAGUAGUUGGUCUCUCUUCAGGCUCACCUCCAACAAGACCAGCUGCAACGCUGGAGAUGCUGUGUACUACCCUGCUGCCUGUGCCUCAGAUCCCAGCAACUCCUAUGCUGUGAAGGUAAACCCAAAACACUGGUCAUUGUUAUUUCAUAGUGUCCUGUCGUUUGAACUUUUCAGUUUUGUGUAGAUGGUCCACAGUCCGAUUAAAAUUCAGCGUUUGGAUACUAGCUGCCAUUAAAAAGUAGCAUUUUCGGCUAACUUACAGCUUAUUCUGUCUCUCUCCUCUCAUGUUUGAGGAGCACUCUGCACAGUAGGUGUUGUAAAUUGAUCUUUUAAGAAGAGAUUUGACGGUUUAAAGAUUGAAUUAAAGGAUUGAAACAGGGCGGCGGUCUUGCUUGUUCUUCGGCUGGAGAUGGGAUGACCGGACUGCAGCACAAAUCUUCAGGGAAUGUAGUGUAAACAACCAGGAAAGAAGGGUGUGGAUUCAGUCCCAUUGACCUUUGUACAAAAGUCAUGUGCUGUACAAAGCAGCGGUUGUUUGUACAGUGAGUGUUGUGCCACGGCGUGUGUGUGCCCACACUCUUGUGUAAUAUCUCAAGGCCCAAUUAAUCUUUGGAUUCCAGGCGGGAUUUACAGUCGGACAAGCCCCUGCUGCAAGGCCACACACGCAAACACACACACACUGAUACACACUUGUGGUGUAACAAAUUACAGCAGAAAUCGGUUUUUGGGAGUGUGCCAAUUCAGAGGAACACAAGCUUUUUUUAAAUCUACGAUUAGGACAUGCUUAGAUUUUAUUCUAUUAACUUAAAUAUGGCAAAGUUAACGUGUUGUAUUAUGUUGUGUUUAAUCCUGUCAAAUCAUAUGAAACCACAUAGUAUCAAAAUUAUAUUAUUAAAUUUAGUCCGAUUAAAGGGAUAUUCCGGCGUAAAAUUAAUUUAGGGUCAAACACACUGUAACACAAAGUUAGACACCCCCUUGAGAGAUGAAUGUUGCAGACCGCUUGCUUCUCUAGUUAUACCAACUUAAGUAACAACCGCACGAUAGCAAUACACAGCGGUCUGAGGAGACAUAAACAAACCUUAACCGAAACGCCACUCUGUAGCCACAAAUAAUGUUCAGAACAGCACCUAACUUCAUCAACAGUAGAUAGAUGGUCCCAGCCACAGCACUAGCCACCAAACAUCUUUUUAACUUUGCCUAAUUUCUUUAGCAAAGAGACUAAACACAACUCACCUACUCUCUUCUGGCAGCCGCUUGUUUGUACGGAGACCUUAAGCAAGUCCAAACUGACUGCAGCGGGGUGACGCAGCUCAAGGAAGAACAUUUAUGAUUAUAAUUUUAUCAUUUCCCUGAAGUAAUAAUCAUCUUAUUAAUCAUGUUGCACUGCAGACGCGGUAGUUCUUCUGCCUUAGCGUCUGGGUCUGAUUGCAUUUCCAUGAAGAAAUGAUCAUAAAUGUUCUUCCUUGAGCUGCGUCACCCCGCUAUAGUCCGUGAUGGACUGGUCACGGUCUCGCUAAAAACAAGUGGCUGCUUGAAGAGAGUAGGUGAGUUGUGCUUAGUCUCUUUGCUAAAGAAAUUAGGCAAAGUUAAAAAAAAGAUGUGUAUUGCUAUUGUGCGGUCUUUACUAAAGUUGGGGGAGUGUAACUCAGUGUUACGGUGUGUUUGACCAUAAAUUACUUUUACGCCGGAAUAUCCCUUUAAUUGGUGUCUUUUUUAAAUGUAUCAUAUUAUAUGUCAAGCAGUGUAGAUUUCAUUGUCUUGUAUUGUUAUUUUUUGACACUUUCCAAUACAGCACUGAAUGGCCAGACUCUUUCAAAUACACUCAACGUAGAAUGACAUCAUCCGCAGAAAUAAUUAUGGAUUAACAUGUCGGCAAACUUCCACUGUGUUUCCCAAAUGAACUCUAACCCCAUGCGGGAAGGUCUUAGUCAAAGUAAUCACAAAAAGAGAUUAUAUUUGUAAAUCUGAUUCCUGGGGCAGAGCGAAGCAAUAAUCAGGCACUAUUUCACAUUUGAUUUCUAAUGAAAGCUUUUACUUCAGCUUUGUUAGCUUUCGUAUUCAAAUGGCACACACCUCGGGCUUCAGCAGUACACAGGCUGAGUCUAGUUCCUGCACCAGCAGUGACUAAAAAGCUCUUUAGUUGUGGUUGAGAUUUAAAAAACACCAAAAUAUUGAAAUAGAGAGAAACUGAAUUGUCUUUUUCUUUUCUUUGGCUUCAUCCUCCUCCUCUCCCUGUUCCUGUCUCUCCAGAUUUGUAAGACUCCGUCCGCCGAGGCCAAGCAGGGUCAUCUCUACAGUCUGUCGGUGCUGCAGAGCAUGCCGCCCCACUUCAACCUGCAGCAGGACUGUGGGCACUUCCUCGCCUGCGUCCCCCAGAGCAUGUUGCCACCUGAGGAAGUCUCCGCUCAGCUGUCCGCACCUUCAAAAGCACGCCACACUGACCAAGAGCGAGUGGUGGUGAUAACCUCAGAGAUCCCUCAACAGACAGCGGCUGAUUUCGUCAGAGAGUGGCAAGCGUUCCAUAAGACUCAGCCUGAGGUGUAUGAGCGCCGAGUGUGCUUCCUCCUUCUGCAGCUUUGCAAUGGACUAGAGCACCUGAAGGAGCACGGGGUCACGCAUCGAGACCUCUGCCUUGAAAAUCUUUUACUGGUGCCUCAUCAGCGAAAGCCAUCACAGAUCCUCCAACAGAACGCCAACAACGACAACACCAGUAACGGUUCCAGUGGCGUGGAUAUCCGGCGUCACCUUCCCCGGCUCCUCAUCAGCAACUUUGCGAAAGCCAAGCGUCGCUCCUCAGAGGACGCUGCAGCAACGACAGUCGAUCCUCGCAUCAAGCGCGACCACGCAAGAUUGGCACCUGAGAUCCUCUCUGCGGCUCAGUACCGCAAAUUUGACGAGUUUCAGACCGGCAUCCUGAUCUACGAGCUCCUCCACCAACCUAACCCGUUUGAGGUGAGUCCAGCUCUGAAGGAACAGGACUACCGCUGCGAGGACUUGCCUUCCAUCCCCUCUGUCUCCCUCUACUCAUCUGGCCUCCAGAGGCUCGCCCAGCUGCUCCUCCAGCCUGACCCCAUCAAGCGCAUCCACAUCCAGGAGGCCAAGCGCAUCCUGCAAAGCCUGCUGUGGGGCCCCAGGAAGGACCUGAUGGAGCAGCAGUGGGAGAGACACGGACACGGCGGUGGGGGCUUCGCGGGCGGAUCGCGACACGAAGGGCUCCUGAACUGGCUGGAUGUGAAACGGGCGCUGCUGAUGAUGAAGUUCGCCGAGCGUUCCCUGGAGCCCGAGAGGAACGCAGAGCUGGAGGACUGGUUGUGCUGUCAGUACUUUUCCACCGCUCACCCUCUGUCUCUCUGCCACACCGCUGAACUGCUGUACUCGCUAAAGUGAUGGCCGAAAAACACUGUCGCUGUACGUGUGAGAAAGACCGAUUUUGUCGAAAUUAAUGUCAAAACACUAUGGAUGGGUCUUUCGGAGAAACUGUGAACCUCCCCACCUUUUUGUGCUACUUCUACGUGCAUGAGCACAUAGCAGCGAGCUAGCCGUCCACUAUCAGUAUCCUGCUCCAGAUCGUCAACUUAGCAAAGUAGAGACCUGUGAGAAUCAGCUGUUUCUUUUGUGUCACAUGGACAAAAUCACUAAACCACUUGCUUACUGACUACUGAUGCUGCGCUCAAACAAGGACGACAUGGACAGCAUUCAUUAUUCUUUAACACACUUACCAAAGUUUCAUGUUUGACACUGUACCGUGUGUAUUUAUUCUUAGAAGUUGAGACAUUUUACCCUCUAAGAUAAAGGCUAAUUAUUCAUAACCUCUGUGUCUGCUAAAUACGCAAAGUAUGCCGUGUGUUAUCAACAUCAGUGUGCAGCUAACUUUUGUUUUGUUUAAUAUCUUACGGAGUAAUAUGACACCCCCUCGCAAGCUAACACAGUCGCAUCUUCUCCUGUCAUGUUUAUAAAUGAGUACAUGGUGCUAUAGACGGUGUAAACGACACAAUUCAGCUUUUUAAAAUCUAAAUCUAUGAUGAGAACGGUGCAGCCUCCUUCGGUGUGAGCACACAUGCAAUCCUCUGCAGUUGCUUAAUCAAGAUUAGUAUAGAUUAAUCAAAAGUCACACCCUCUGACUCAACUUCGCAGCAAAGGGAUUUACCAAACAUUAGCAAGGUGAGCGAUUGCUCCCUCCUACUGAAAAGAUGCCCAGUUUUUUUCCUUGUGCUUACCCUGCGUACAUAUUUAAACAUUUCGACAUUCGUCAUAGUGCCUUUUGUUCUUUGUUAUGUACAUGUGUAUCAGUGACUCUGAAGCCAAAUGUAAAUAUUACGAAUCAUUCGUCCUUUGUGAAACUGGCCUUUCACAGAAUGUUCUAGAAACAGUUUUGUACAGUGAUUUGUAGAUGAUAAUAGAUGAAAAAAAAUGAGCCCAAGCAGGUCUUAAAAGCCAUGAAUAUGUGCAGCAGUUAAAAAAAUAUUUAUGAUAAUUUGUUAUUAGUGGUGGUCACUGGAACUCUUGUUUAUUUUCAUGUGUAUUAUCAAGUUGUGUGUUUUCUUUUUUCUGCAGAACAACCAAUAGAUGUUUGAAAAAGUCAAAUUGUAGCCAGAAUUUACCGGCCUGCAUGCAGGUUUCUGUCAGUGACUUACCUAUCAGUGUCAAUACUGGGGAGGAAAAAACACGGUCAAGCUCACAGCUAAUACAUACUUGAUUUGAAUUAUUUUGUGUGCCUCACCUAUUGCAUCUAUCAAUAAACUGUGCAUAUAUUUUCUCACAGUCAAAUCUGGAGUUUUGAUCUUUUUUUAUAAAUAUGGUUCAAUGAAAAUCACCUGCUUACUAUUUAUAUAUCAUCCCAUCCAACACUGUACAGAUAUAUCUUUUAACUUGAGGUUUAACUACCCUAAAUAAUUCACUUUUUUAGGUGUCUUAAUAUUUCAUUGUGGUUUCUUAUGGGGGUAUAGAGGCGAUUUGUGCUUUUUCAAGUCUAAAAAAACUCAAAGGAAAGCUCCUUCUGUUUUGUUUUUAAAGGCGGCGCACUGCAUGGAUCAAGCCAACAGGUUGAACAUGUUUCGGAAUCUCAAUUUGAG